CUGGCGUAGCGGGGCAUCGGGCAGCGCGGCUGAAACACGCCAGCUGAAGCUGAAGCGGGGCGCGGGCGCGCGGGGCGGGGCGGCCAAUCACGGCGCGCGCGCUCACCUGCCGCCGCCGCCGCCGCCGCCGCCGCCGCCGCCGCCGCGCAGUGCUCCCCGACCACGCUCUGCGCGCCGCACCGCUCGUCUCCACUCCACUCCGGGGCAGCGAUUGUUGAAGAUGGAAGGCGAAGGUCACGAGCACAUGGAGGAGGCUCCCCCCUCCCUCUCCCCCGCCCCCGCCCCCGCGCCCCCCGCCGCGCGCCUGGAGCCCCGCCCCGAGCGCCUGCCGCCCGCGCUGCUGCACCACCACCAGCAACAACAACAACAACAACAACAACAACAACUGGACCAGCAGCACCUGGAGCAGCAGCAGCACAUCGAGCAGCAACAACACCACGAGCAGCAGCAUCUAGAGCAGCAGCACAUUGAACAGCAGCAGCAGCUGGAGCAGCACCACCAGCAGCAGCAGAUGGAGCACCAGCAGCAGCUGCAGCAGCACGCGGGGCUGGCGCUGCACGCCGGCGAACAGGCGCUGCAGCUGGUGAAGAGCGAGGAGCGCGCGGCGGCGGGCGGCGCGGGGGGCGCGGGGGGCGCGGGCGAGGAGCCGCAGCAGUCGGUGAUCACGCUGCGGCGGCCGCUGCGCACCAUCACGGCCGCGGGGCACAUCACGGAGGAGCCGCCCGACGACGUGAAGGACGAGCCGCAGGAGCACUUCGCCAAGCUGGACGACGAGCGCUACGAGCCGCGCGACUACCUCGCCUUCAAGCCGGAGUACCGCGCGUCCCCCGCCCCCGCCCCCGCCGCGCGCCCGCCCUACCGCCCGCGCCCGCCCUACCCGCGCCUGGCGCUGCGCUACGCGGCCGAGGGCGAGUACGACGAGCGCCAGUACGCGCUGGACGCGGGCGACGCGGCCUACCCGCAGCUCAAGUACGAGGGCCGCGAGGAGGCGCGCUACGCGGCGCUGCAGCCCGUCACCUCGCUGGGCUACGGCUACCAGGCGGCGGCGGCGGCGGGGGCGGCGGGCGGCGCGGGGGGCGGGGGCGGGUACUACGCCGGCGGCAAGGAGCUGCUGACGCUGUACGGGGCGCGCGAGGAGUCCCCGCCGGCGCAGCUGUACCGCGACGCGCCGCUGUCCGCCGCCGCGCUGCAGCCGCGCCACCUGUACCCCGCGCCCCCCGCGCCCCCCGCACCCCCCGCGCUGUACGACGCGCCGCCCGCCAGCCCCAACUCACAGCAGGUGACGCUGUUCAGCGGCGGCGGCUCGGUGCAGUACGUGUCGGCGGCGGGCGCGGGGGCGGGGGCGGGGGGCGGCGCGCUGGAGUACGUGCCCGUGUCCGGCUACGAGGGCGGGCUGCUGGUGGAGGGCUACUCGCAGUGGCCGCAGCACAACCUCAUCCCCAUCGACGACUCCUUCGACCCAGGCAUGGCGGGCGUGGGCGAGGUGAAGGAGUGCGUGAACUGCGCGGCCGCCAACACGCCGCUGUGGCGCCGCGACGGCACCGGCCACUACCUGUGCAACGCGUGCGGCCUCUACAACCGCAUCAACGGCGUCAACCGCCCGCCGCUCAAGGGACAGAAGAAGCCGCAGCAGCAACUCUGUUUGUUUCAGCCCACGAACGGCAACCGGCGCGUGGGCGUGACGUGCGCCAACUGCCGCACCAGCAACACCACGCUGUGGCGCCGCAACAACAGCGGCGAGCCCGUGUGCAACGCGUGCGGCCUGUACUACAAGCUGCACAACGUGAACCGGCCGCUCAGCAUGAAGAAGGACGGCAUCCAGACCCGCAAGCGCAAGCCCAAGAGCAUGGGCGGGCACGGCGGCGGCGGCAGCGGCGGCGGCGUGGGGCGGGCGGGCGGCUCGGGCGCGCUGGGCGGAUACCGGUAGCGUCGCCGCCCGCCCCCGCGCCCGCGCCUUACCGCCCACCCUAGCUACCCCAUGCAUCACAGACAAUCAACUUUAUACUUAUUAAAACAUUAGUAAAUUAUUGACAUGUGAAGAUUUCAGAGCUAGCUAAUGCAUAUAGAUUUACAAAGUAAUAUAUAGGUCAAUGUUUACUAAGAAAAUAAUAAGCUAGUCGUUUCUUCCAAAUAUGCGUAGGCAUUUGAUUAGAUGCCUUCUUUAAAGUAAUGAACCAGUGCCCGUAAUUAUAUAAUAUGAAUUAUAAACGACAGGGCGUGGUUAGCAAUUAACUUAAAAUCACAAAGAAUUAGCACAAGCUAAGUACGAAUUUAUUUUUAUUUAAAACAAUAUUUUAGUUAAUAAAUUAUGCCAUAAGUAAAUAAGUACUUAGUUCAUUUGUGAGGGUUGUGUGAGACACGUGUGUGAUUGUGUAUAGUUAGUGUGUUCAAUUAGGUUGGUGUUUGUGACCUGUGGUCUUAUUUUGUACUAAAGUCUUUAUAUAGUUCAUUAUUUUACAAAUAAAUGUAAUUAUAGUUAGAUUUAAGAUAUUAUGUAAGCGAAAUUUUAUGUACAUAGUAUCAGUGUAAUAAUGAAAGGUUUUAUAAAGUUAUAUUUAAAUAUA